AUGUUCCACACGUCUCUCUCUCUCUCUCUCUCUCUAUCUAUCUAUGUAAGCUUGUUCAUAUCUAUUUAUCUUGCUCAUUUCUUUCAUUUUUUUUUUGAAAUUUUCCAUUUUUCUUCUUUUUCAUUCUCUCUUUUCACUUCUGAUUCAUUUUUUUCUCUUGUCAUUCUUUCAUUAUUUUUAAUCAACCUCUUUCUUCUAAAUUCCUUUUCUUCGUUAUUAUCUUUUUCGUUUUUCUCUUCUUUCAUUAGCUUUCCUCUUUUCUUCCUUCACGUCUGUUUUAUAGAACACCUUUUUUCCUUCCCAUUUUCAAACUACUUCUAUUUUACAUUCUCUCUUUUUUUUUCUAGACGAAAUAUUUCGUUUUCCUUUCUUUUCAAUAUAUUUCUCUUCUUUUUCAUAAUACAUUCAGGCAAGAUCAUUCUUCCCUAUCUAUCUAUCUAUCUAUCUAUCUAUCUAUCUAUCUAUCUAUCUAUCUAUCUAUCACAAACUUUUUCAUUUAAUCUAUCUAUCUAUCUAUCUAUCUAUCUAUCUAUCUAUCUGACCCUGUUCAUUAUUGUUAUGAAAUACAAGCCUUCACUGAAAAAUAACUCCACAACAUCUAUCUAUCUAUCUAUCUAUCUAUCUAUCUAUCUAUCUAUCUAUCAACACAUUGGGGCUAUAUAUUUAUUGGCCACGGUUCUGACCGCUGGUUUUUAG